AUACAAUUGUCAAUGCCCAAUUUGGCUUAUCAUCGUCCAUUGUUUUUCCCCGUUUGAUUAUGUUUUUUGUUGGGAACUUCUCAUAAAAUUCAAAAGUUCAAACCUUUUCUGUUUCAAAUAGAAUCCCUCAACUCCCUCAUCUCACGCAUACUCUCUUAACUAAACUUACGUUUUUUUUUUACAACAAACCUCCAACCCAAACAGACCAAAAAAAAAACCUUAAACACCGGAAAACAACAAAUUUCUUCACAAUUCUCGCCGGAAAAUCACCGUCCCUCCAUUCCCAAAUCGCAAAAAUUGGUUUUUCGACCGUUUUCCACCCCCAACAUCCACUUUGGUUCCGUCUCCGCCGGUGGUUGGGUAGCCGGAGAGGGUUCUGUCUUCUGUCUUUCGUUUGCGUGGGCGGCAUUCGCUAAAGUGCGCCUGGUGCGCAGGAUAAUAUUCAAUAUUAAAUAAAUAAAAAAGAAAGGGACGGAGGCGGUGGCGGUUGGUUUGAUCAGAAGCGUACACGUGGACGGCGUUGAUGGGGACGGAGUUGAUGGGGAGGACGUGGGGCACAUGGGAGGAGCUACUCCUCGGUGGGGCCGUUCUCCGCCACGGGACCCGCGACUGGAACGUCGUCUCCGCCGAGCUCCGAGCACGAACCGAUUGUCCUUACUCUUUCACCCCUGAGGUAUGUAAAGCCAAGUAUGAAGACUUGCAACAGCGGUAUUCUGGGAGCAAGGCCUGGUUUGAGGAACUUAGAAAGAAGAGAGUAGCGGAGCUGAAAAGAGCUCUGGAGUUAUCUGAAGAUUCAAUUGGGUCUCUCGAAUCAAAGCUUGAAUCUCUCAAGGCUGACAAGAAUGAGAAGAGAGAUGAUUGUCGUGUUGAAAAUAGCUCAGGUAGUCCGCAGUUACGCGUGCCUUCUCUGAAACUGGAGAGAGUUGAAUCUUCGUCAAAGGACGGGUUAUCUGCUGGGAGUUUCACGCACGAAACCAGGACAAACUGGUCACCCGAUUGCCAGGUUCCAGCUGUGUCCGCGGAAGAUAUAGAGACUAUGCCUGAAGUUUCACGCUCUAUGGAGCUGGGCAAAGUUUUGGAUGUAGAUAAUUUGGCAUGUGUGAUAUACAAAGGACAGCUGGCGAGUUUUAAGAAACGGCGAGGGAAGAGGAAGAGAAAGGAUUGUAGUAAAAACAUUAAGGAAGCAAGUGUAGAAGAAAGUGAGUUAUUAGAUUCAGCUGAUGUUGUGUCCUGGUGUAAAGAAAGUUCUACAAGCAACUGUGGCGAAGUUGCCAAAUCUUCCGGCAUAGAUGAUCAUAGUAGAAAUUUGAAAGAGGAUAGGGCAGAAAACUUGAGGGAGAUUUUAGAUUCUGUUUUUGAAACCAAAGGAGCCUCUGCCUUCCGACGCAGACUCGAUAGUCAGAAGAGAGGAAGGUACAAGAAAAUGAUCCGACGGCACAUGGAUUUCGACACCAUAAGGUCAAGAAUUAGCAGCCAAACGAUUAACUCGACGAUGGAACUCUUCCGAGACUUGCUUCUACUCGCGAAUAAUGCUCUGGUCUUCUACUCCAAGAGCACUCGCGAGUACAAGUCUGCUCUAGUUCUAAGAGACAUUGUCACCAAAAAAUUGAGGGACAGGAAUAGUUCAAAGCCAAAGGUCACUGCUACUACUAUUGACAGCAAAGGUACCACCCAAGAUAAUGUGUCCCUUAAAUUACCUGUGCAUAAUCCUCAUGUGAAACCAAGAAGCGUGCGCCCUGGUAACAGAAAGAUUGUUGCAAAGGCAGUUGGUAAUGAUGGCAGCAACUCGGUAUCCGGGGUGUCACAGGCAGCCAAGAAACCGAGUAAAGCCGAUUCGCCACCUUCAGUGGAAUCAUUACCUGUCAAGAAGAAAGCUUUUGGUAGACCAAAGAAGGUUGGGCGUGGGAAUGGGACAGGUCAAAGGCCGGCCGCCAUGCCGGUGAAGGGAAAGAAAAGAGUGAGGACAAAAGGAUAGUGGCGAAGCUCAGGUUUUUAGCUUAAUAGUUGUUCAUCUUUUGUACAAAAGAUUUUUUCCUUCUUGGUUAGUUUCUAUUUGUUUACAUUGAUGUUAGCCUUAGGACAAAGAGUCAUCAGGGUAAGGUGCAGAUGGGAAUACUAACUACAUCAAAGUUCAAACAUACAGAGAAGUUUCCAAUUAAAGUUGGUUUCUUGUGAUCUUUGCCAUUGUCUAACUCCUUUGUAAAUUGUAGUUAAGAAUUUUGUUUUGUAGCAAAAGUGAAGUGUACUAAUCUGAUGAAUGGCAAAGUGGCUUAGCUUA